AUGGGUCUAUCACGACGCCUUGUACGACCUCUUCGUGGCAUAGUCCGUGCGGAGGCGGUGGUGGGCGCGGGCGUGGGUGUGCGUAACCCGGCACGCCGGCCCGCCCGCAUGACAGUUUCGACAUCGGCCCUAGCGCUCUGUGCUGCGGUGCUCACCGCCAUUGGUACGGCAGCGUGGCUGGUAUUACUGGGCGUAGCUAGCCCGCCGGCAGCGAACGGCUUUGUGCCCUGGGACUUAACCAAUUUUCAGAACGAGUACGCCUGUGACAACACUACGGUUCGGAUUGUGCGGCCGCGAACGGUACAGCAGGUUCAGGCGGCUGUUCGCCGUCACAGCAACAUUAUCGCAGUUGGCGGCGGAUGGUCUUGGAACCAGGGCUUCUUUUGCGCCAGCAACGGCUCGGCCCCCUUCACUCCGGAUGGAUAUAGGUGGGUUAAUUCGAGCGCCAGUAACGGCCACAACGGCAGCAGCAACAGCGGUUACGGCGUGCUGAGCAACUGGAGGAGCUCGCCGGCGCCCAACGGCCCGGCUAACAUUGUGAUGCAAACGAUGAGGCCUUUGCGGAUUGAGGUCAACGAGACAGAGGAGAGCGUCACCGUGGAUGCGGGCAUCCGAACGAUUGACCUGCUGCGCUAUCUGGCGGCGUACGUCACCCCAUCCGCCCCAGCGGGGUGGACUCUCCCCGCCUUCCCGUGGUUCGUGUUUCAAACCCUGGGGGGUGCCGUAUCCACAAACACACACGGUAGUAGCCUCAAGCACAGCUCCUUGUCCAGCCAGGUGCUUGCGCUGACAAUGGUGUUGGCGGAUGGCUCGACUCGGACAUUCUCCAGUGAGACGGACCCCUUUCUAAUGAGGGCGGUCCGUGUGGGUGUGGGAAAACUGGGCAUCAUCACGCACAUCAAGUUCCGCAUCAUGCGUGAGGUACCCGUCACCCGUACCAUUCGCCGACUGGCCUCCACUGAGUUUUUGGAGCUGUUGAGAUCCGCUCAAGAUCAGUGGAACACCAACGGCUCACUGCCUGAGUGGAUGGACGAGACGGAAUGGUUCUGGGUACCGCAACGACAUGAGUUCUUGAUGGUCACGUUCACGAGGGGCGACAUCUCUGAGGCCGCAAAGCGACUUGAAGUUCUCCGGGGUUAUGCACUUGCCGGCCCGGAAAACACGACCGCCUACAACACAUCUUUGGCUUUGCUGGAGCAAGCGAAGGACCUGCGCAACGUGACCGUCGAUGUUUUCCCUCUGCUGGGCAACGUCACUUUCGACCCCGUCACCAACAUCGCCGACAUCGCGCUGCCAGUCCUACGCCAACUGAACGACACUGUCCUUAACGUGCCUUGGCAGCAGGCCCCCGCCGCCGGCGCCGGCGCAGGUGCCGUACCCACCGGCAGCGACGCCGGCAGAAGCGCGGCCGCUGCUGAUAAGUCGUCGCCUGCAGUAGCCGCCAUGGCUGGUCCAACCACUCCGGCGCCGCGGCCGUCAGCGCCGCGGGUAUCGCGGCCGUCAGCCAGCCUCGAUGCCUUGAUAGCGGCAGUGGCGGCGAGCCGAUUGCCAAAGCCGGCCGAUAAUGUGUCGACGCCAGCAAAUGCAACGACGGAUACGAAUGCGUCGAUGGCAGUGAAUGCGACGGCGCCAGCGGCGACGCCAACACCCACUGAAGAGCCUGAGGUGGUGGCGGCGGGGACCGUGACGGCCGUGCCGCUACCCCCGACAUCACCGUCGACGUCGUCAGGACCAGGCAUUAUUGAUGGAGCGGCUCCGGCCGCCAAAGAUCCAUCGAAGGUGUCCUCGCCUGACACGAAUUCUCAAAAUGGGAUGGUCAGUUUGUUCCGGGCGCGAAGCGACCCCAUUGCCAGUAAGGCAACGAGCCGCCAGCGGUCGACAAUUAAUGGUAGCGGCGCGAGCACGGCUUCGUUGAACGAGGCGGGGGAGGGCGAGGUCUGGAGCAUUCCGCAAAGGCGGCCUGCGACGGUGUUCUAUGGCCUUGCAAACAUGGCCGAUGCCUACAUCGACAUUUCGCGCAGCGGGGUGUAUUCGGUCGCCGCCAACGCAACGAAGGAGUCCCAGAGCUCGUAUCUGUUUCAGCCUGAGUCCAUUUUGGAGAUCAACAUUCGCCGGGUUACGUACGACCAGUUAGAAGUCGCCAUGCCGGUCUCCAGUAUGGCCGACUGCUGGAAAGGCCUGUUGGAGCUUCUGUACGGCGCCGACAACCUGGAUGGUACGGAGUACAACGGAACCGCAUCACCGCUCAGCAUCAUUUCCAAAUUAGGCAACAAUACAAACGGUACAUCGCUCAUCGGCCCCGAUGGCCGCCCUGACUACGGGUUUCGGAGUAACCCCCUGGUCCGUACGACGGGCAAUGAAGACGGACUCCUCAGCCCCUCAGGCGGUCAACCGCAUAUGUGGCUCAACAUUGAGGACUACCUGUACUACAACAGGCCAAUGCGGCGAACGAACGUUGUGUUCAAGGCCUUGGUCGGUUAUCUGCGCAGCGACCCCCGGUGCGGGAAAGCCGGUCUGUCGGGCGCAGGUGCCCGGCUGCACUGGGGCAAAUCCGGCAAGUUCCGAGAUUCGGCCCCAGACCGUUGGAACUGGAACGGAGUCAACUUGGAGCGCUGCUGUAUGCCGGAUCGCGGCUUCCUGCGGCCGGAGGAGGAUCCGAAAUGUGUGUGCAAGGUGACUCAACCCCGUGCGGCAGAGACUUGCCCGCCGCCGCCGUACUACACCUAUAGGUAG